AUGGCAUUUGGAGCGGCCACCCACGAAGACAGCACCCCAAAUCGGCUGGACAGUAUAUUCGGCGAGGCGAGAGGCGACGACAUCAUCCCAAACCGGCUGGGCAAUAUAUUCGGCGAGGCGAGGCCCGAUGAUACGGACAUUGUACGUUCAUUGCGCGAUACAGAGAACCUGCACGCUCGUCACCUGCACAACGCUGCCACCACAGACGACCGUCCUCCCUCAUCAAGCGACGGCAGCGAUGAUGCUGAGUCUUCCGCCGAUGACGAGACCGAGGGCCGUGCCAACUUUUCGCCUACCGACGUCGACUUUGUGAGGAGUCUGCUCCCGCCUACUUUCAUCCGUGCGGCGUACAUUCUCGCUGCGUACAUCCAACCGGAUGAGCCCCCGUAUUUUCUAUAUGGUCAAGGCCAUCACAUGUAUGGGACUAUGGACCGUUGGGCACAGUCUGAUGUGGUGAGCUCUCGUGCCUUGGGAUGGUCGUUGAAGUCUGGUGGCAGAGUUGACGAGGACUUUGGAAUGGAUGUGAUAAAAUCCCAACCAGAGCGCCAGCAAUCAAUAUUGUUUUGGGAGGACUGCUCAAAAUUGCACACUCGUCCUACGAUUUCUCCUGCGUUUCGCUUCAACAUGACGCCCGGAUAUGCCUGGCUUAACUUGUUAGUCCGGCCGAAGAUCGAGCCCGUCGAUCGCGAGGCCAGCCCGCCACGUGGGAAUCUGGGCAGCGCCACACGAGGCAACUUUGCGGCUUCCGAGCGUGGGUCUCACUCAGUGAGCUCUGGAGACUGGAUCCAGGCUGGACUCCGCUCGUGUUGUCUCACGAUUGCGUAG